AGUGCGUUUUUUAAAAUAAAAGUAAAUUAAAAUAUUUAUUUUGCGUUAAUAGCUAAACUUUUUAUUUACGUUCGUCGAGGUAAUUCAGUUUGUGAGUAAAUUAGCUAGCACAGCUAGGCAACACGUAGAUUGUAACGGUUGUAACGGUUAUUUAUUCAAAUUAUCGAGCCAAUGGUUUUAUUGCACUUAAUUAUUUUAAUUCCCAAAAAGUCUACACGUUACAUGAAUGCAUAAAGGUAAAAGAAACUGUGGCAUAUGCAAAAGUACCUUGUUGCAAAGAAGUUGGGACAGUAGCCAAUUCUGUUUUGCAGGCUCAGAAAAUAAUGGCAUCUAGAACCUCUAAAGGAAAGCACAGUGUUCAAACGGAGAAGGAAAUCUGUAAACUCAGACAGGAAAAUGUUAAUCUGAGGAAGGUGCUUGAUGAACUGUCCUCUCAGAUGUGUAAGCCAUAUGACUCUGAAAACAACAACGUCUUAUUAAAGAGAAUCCUUGCUCUGGAGACCCUAAGAGAGGAAAAUUCACAACUGAUCUUGGCCAGAGAUCAAGAAAUUGCCUCCCUCAGGCAACAGCUUUGGUCUAACAGCAGUGAUAUUGUGGCCAGCCUUCAUGCUCAGCUUAAACAGCAAAGGGAAGAUGCUGAAACUAAAGAAAGACAUUUUCAGUCACUUAAACAGGAGACUGAGACGGUAAAGAACAAACUGGUGGCUGUCUCGACUAAAUGCCAGAACCUACAGAUCAGAGAGAACCAGAGUAUAAAUGUAAAUGGCCCUGCAGACUCCAGGAACACUGCAUUGAUACAGGAUCAACUGAAAGAUGCCUUGGAAAAGAACCAGCAGUGGUUAAUAUAUGAUCAGCAGAGGGAAGCCUAUGUGAAAACAGUGCUGGUAAAGUUACACCAGCUGCAACAGCAGCUAAAUCAGGCCAAAGAAGCCUUAAGCCAGGAAGAGAAAAAUGCACAUUGUGCUGAAAAGCAGGCCGAAGAGACACGCCAGCAGUAUGAGAAACUGGUAGAUGAGCUGGAGGAAGAACGAGACGCAAGGCAGCAAACGCUGACCGAGCACUACCAAGGCAGGAAAGAGCUGGAUAAGGAGAGGCUUAGGUCAGCAGAGCUUCUGCAACAGAUUCAAGCGUCUGCCAAAGAGCUAAAGGAAGUGAAGCACGAUAAUCAGUAUCUCCAACGGCAACUGCACAAACUUUUGAGGGAGCUGCGAAAAGCCAAUGAGAAAGUGGCAAGAUUAGAAUCUGAGAAAGCCGAGGAAGAAACUCCACCAGAAUUAACUGCCAGUGGGAAACCAGAGAAAACAUACAGGGAACGUCCACAGAGCUUUCCAUCACCCUCAAGAGAAUACAGUCUUCUGGAUGAGAGUUUUCUGGAGUGUCCCAAUUGCAAAGCUCAGUAUUCAACUAGUCGCCAUAGAGAACUUCUGGUUCAUAUUGAUGAGUGCUUGGAUUAGGCAGAUCAAGUAGCAUCAUAUUAUUACAUAUCAGUUUAAAUAUUACAUAUCUGUUUAUCCUUACAUUUUUCGGUUUGUUUAACAAUAUUGUGUUUUUAAUUUUAUCUACAGUACAGUUCAAGUAAAAAGUUUGACAUACGGUUUACAUACUCUCUGUAGGUGUUCAAUACAAACUGUUUGCAGCUGUUCUUGUUUUGUGAAUGAAUGAUUGAAGAAUUUAUUGGGGGUAUUCUACCAAUAUAUCUUUGUUCUUUUG